AUGUGAGGAGCUCAAAAGCUGAUAAGGUUACCUUUUUUGACUCUUUUAUUUUAUUUUAUUUGUUCUCCAAAUCUAACUCUUGAUUAUUCAAAAGCGUCUCCUUAUUAUCGAUCAAGGAGGCCCAUGCUAAUUGCCAAUCAACUUGUCUGCCACUAGACUUAUUUUUCUCAAAUGAGAGUUGGAUCUCUAAAGUUUCUGAUGACAGAUAAGCAAGAUUCCUUGUUUCCAAACGGAAGUGGCUUAUUUGGGGAAAGAAAAAGGAGUAAGUUAUGGGAGAUGUGCUAUCUUAAAUGUCAAAACCUGCCUUGUAGCUAGCUACUAAGCAGAAAGCUGAAAACCCAAGAACAAGUAGACAGACAGAGAAAGAGUACACAUUCAUUAGCAUGCAUGUUUACUGAUAAUUCAAACACACUAAAAUCAUAAUAUGUCAUAUUCUGAUGCAGCCCACGUCAAAAAAAUUCUCACGCUAUCGCUAUAAUCUUAAAAGUUAAAUUAUAUCUGUGUGUGUUCAUAUAUAUUGCGGAAAUUGUAUUUCUUCAUUUGGGUCCCCAAAGCAUCCUGUAAAAGAGGAAUCCAGAUCCUCUGAAGAUAAAAAGACCAUGCAGAAAAUAAAAUACAUGACAGAUAAAAAGCGGAUUCUCUGUUUUGCUACCUUUUGUGUUAUUAUUUCUGUUACCAUCAGAAUCAUCACCCUGAAGCUUCUUCGAUCUGAAAGAUCAAACCAACAAAGGAAAAAAAAGAAGGAAAUGCAGAAUUUGAAGACAAUCCAUUUUCUUCAUCUUGUCCUUCUCAUUCUCAACUUCUUUCCUCCAACUGUAGCCCAUGAAAGUCCAAGAUUUUGUGGCAAGAUUAAAAUUAAAGCGCCAUUCCUUAAUCAAAAGGCAACCAAUCAAUCAUCUCUUCUAAGUAAAAUGGUCCUUUGCAAGUCUCAAAGGCUGUAUUUUAGGACCUCUAUUGGCCUCUUUCACAUCUCCUCCAUUGACUAUACCAGUAAGCUACUGACCAUCUCUCACUCUUCGUGCUCUUCUUCUUCCAACUUUGUCUCUCCCUCACUUCUUUCUGUUGGUUUCCCUUACCCUCCUCUUCCAAACUCACUUGCUCUCUUUGAUUGCUCAUUAAACGAUCACCCAUACCAAGUUGGUGAUAUGUGUGCAAGCUUACAUGGGUGCAAACAAAAACUUGGAAAAGCCUCUUCUUGCUUGCUUGUGAAUGAUCUAGCAAAUCUGGACAAGGGUUUCCAUCCAAGAGACUUGAAUUGCUCAAGCUAUAGUGGAGUGUAUAGUAAUUCACCAGUUGUUGACAACCUCAAAGGAUAUGAGUUUGGAACAAGGAUAUCUUUUGAUGUUCCUGACCAUGUGCCAAACAUCUGUGAGGAAUGUGAAAAGCCCAAUGGACACUGUGGGGUUGGAUUAAGGUGCAUAUGCCAUCCAAAAGAGUGUAAAGACAAGGUCAUAUCCAAUGGUGUGAUCAUUUACCCGUUUGGUGGAACCCUCUUCUCCAUGCUUUCCUGCAUUUUUGCGACAGUUAUCCUCACGGGUUCUUGAAGAAAUAGAUGGAUCUACUCUUAAAUUUUCAAUUCCCAUAGCUGGAGGAACGUAAGCUUCAACUUUUUGACAGGGUUGAUCCUCCGUGUAAUUGAUAUGAAAGGCUUUUGUAGUUUUGUUUCUUCAUCUGGGAUAACGACUCUCUCAUUCUCUGAUUAGUCGUGAGAUUUGCUCUACUAGACAAUGCUGAUUUAGGUAUUACCCACUACAUUGAAAAUCCCUUGGCAUAAAUAAAGGCAGCUUUUCUGGUCGUUGACGGUGCAUUUCACACUUCCCAACUCAAGUUGGAAUAUAUGCUCUGGUGCACUGUUUCCUAGUCUUUGAAUUCCUUUUACAACAGUUGAUUUCUACGAAACUUGGGAAAAUACCUAGUACAAUGUGUCUACACCCCACCCUGUGGGUUUAAGUUUUACGGAUUAGGGUGGAAAAUACUUAACCAGCAUCAUGGUCACAAGAAAACUAAGUAAUAACAACCAACAUCAUGGUCACAACCCUGAGUUAGUGUACUACUGUAACUGACUGAUUAUUGAACAUUCAUUUGUAUGAAACUAUCACGUCUUAUUAGCAAAAAAAAAAACAAUUA